AUGGCGCACAUCUUCGAGUUAGCGAAGACUCUGUCGCCAUCUCUCAACUACGACAAGGGAUUAAAGGCCAGCGACCAAGUCAAGUUUCCCGCGACUGAGGUGUUCAGAGGAUUCAACAGUCCUUCCCGCAUCGAAGGAGACGUGGAGAACCUCGAAGUCACUGGACAGAUUCCACCAGACAUCGAUGGGACCUUUUUUCGAAUCCAACCCGACCAUCGAUUCCCGCCCAUUUACGAGUCUGACAUCCACUUCAACGGAGACGGCAAUGUAACAGCGAUACGUAUCUGCAACGGCCGUGCGCACUUUAAGCAGCGCUACGUGCACACCGAUCGAUUCAUACAGGAAAGCCAACACGGAAAAGCUCUGUUUGGAAAGUAUCGCAAUCCGUAUACAGACAAUGAAGCGGUAAAGGGUGUGAUUCGAACCGCUGCCAACACUAAUGUCUUCUUCUGGAGGGGGAUGUUGCUGGCCACGAAAGAAGAUGGCCCUCCUUAUGCCAUGGAGCCAUCCACCCUGGAGACCAUUGGAAGGUAUGAUUUCGAAGGCCAGGUGCUAAGCCCAACGUUUACGGCGCAUCCCAAGUUCGACCCGAAGACGGGGGAGAUGGUUUGUUACGGAUAUGAGGCUGGUGGAGACGGAAAUGACGGAUCAUGCGAUAUAGUGGUGUACACCAUUGAUGCUAACGGCGUGAAAACGGAGGAAUGUUGGUACAAAGCUCCUUUCUGCGGCAUUAUUCAUGAUUGUGGAAUCAGUGACAACUGGAUCGUGUUGCCAAUGACACCACUUAAAUGUGACCCUGAGCUAUUGAAGCAAUGUGGCAAUCACUGGGCGUGGGAUCCAAAUGAGGACCAGUUGUAUGGCUUGGCCCCGCGAAGAGGAGGCAAACCAACGGACAUCAAGUGGUUUCGAUCGAAGAACGCAUUCCAAGGCCACACCGUAGGCUGCUACGAGACCUCGGAUGGCAAAGUCGUAUUCGACCUGACGGUCGCUGAUGGCAAUGUCUUUUUUUUCUGGCCACCUGUCGAUACACCCGCAGGAACCGUGGCUGUGCGCAAUAAAGUACGGAACAAAACAACGCGCUGGAUUUUUGACCCGGGGAUGGCAGGGCCAAACUACUGGAUUGAGCCUGUGGAAGAGAUCGAUGCGUACUCGGGCGAGUUCUCUCGCAUCGACGAUCGCUUCGUGACCAUGGAAUACAACCACUACUGGCAAGCUGUGAUUGACAACGCCAAGCCGUACGACUUUGCGAAAUGUGGCUCCCCCGCGGGUGGGCUCUUCAACACCCUGGGGCACUUCACCUGGGACAAGUCGAUCACCGAGACAUUCUGGGCCGGACCGUGUGCGACGUUCCAAGAACCAGCUUUCAUUGCGCGAACGAAUUCGACACGCGAAGGAGACGGCUACGUGGUGGCGCUGCUCAAUCAUCUUGACGUUCUCAGGAACGACGUGUGUGUCUUUGACGCGCAGAAUAUCAAACAGGGCCCAGUGGCCGUGAUUCAUCUGCCCUUCAAACUCCGCCUGGGCCUGCACGGGAACUUCGUGGAGGAAAGAGAGGUCCGAGCAUGGAGAGACAAAAGGGACCAAGAAUUGGGGGCGGUGGAGCCAGCGCAGUCACCUUUGCCAUGGCAAAAAGAUAUGGUAGGGAUGAAUGAUGUCGGCGAUCCGAAUGGCCAUAGCUGA